AUGGAUAUCAUUGCUGCACAUGCUAUGCCACAGCAGGAGAAUCAGGAGCAGCACGAGGAGGACAAGGAGGACGAGGAUAAGAGGGCAGCUGAGCCGCCUUCUACAAUUAACCAAGCACUAAAUGGCGUCAAGCACCUACUCCGCUUCAAGGAGCUUGACCUAGAUGGCAACUACAAGGGGCUCACAAUACUCAUGCACAUUGAAAGAAGCCUCCAGCAGCAGGCAGAGCAUAAAAGAGGUUAA